AAUCACUAACCAUAUUUCAGUGACAGUGAGGUCAGAAGAUGUCAAGGUGACUUCCUCCACGUCUUCAUCCUCAGCCAGUGAGGCAGAAGAGGAGGAGGCCCAAAAAGAUGCAGGGGAGGUAACCACACAGUCAGAGGCUGAGGACAUGGCUGAGCGAUCUCAAACAGAGGAGGAGGAAAAUGGAAGUUGAAAAAGCUCAGGUGGUGGGAAAGAACCUGCUGACAGACUAUCAGAGACUCCGGUGGAUGUGGAAACUGUGCAAUCUAAUGAAGACAGCAUGGAGACUGAUCAACCAUCGCAACCCAUUGAAAAAUCUACACCGAAACAACCUCAGAAACGUGGCAGAAAGAAAUCUGUGCCUCAGAAUGACCAAGGUAGAGAAGGUGCAAGAGAAACGCAAGCCAUCUCUGAUGAAAACGACCAAACAACCUGUGCGACCAACGAAUAUUCAGAGACCUUCAGAGUUGAGUGGUUUGUCAUUACUUAUGGAGGCUGCGUCAUUGUCGUUGCGUGAACUCGAAGAAAAAAAUAAGUCUAGAAAAGUGUCUUGUGAUCAGACGUCGCAAAGAUAGUGAGGAAAACAGGCCUCCAUUUUUGUCAGAGCAGAGCAUGCCUAU